AUGCCGGGCUUCGACUUCAGCAAUCACAACAGAAACAUCGCUCUCCACGCUAAAGGUGUUCCGCUCCCCAAGGCCACUUCAACAGGAACAACCAUCGUUGGCUGUUUGUACGAUGGCGGAGUCGUCAUUGCCGCAGAUACCAGAGCUACAAGUGGUCCGAUAGUAGCAGACAAGGUGAGGAACAGCGAUGUCAUUAGGACAACAAACGUGUACUAACAACUCGUCUACCCAGAACUGCGAGAAGCUCCACUACAUUGCUCCUCAGAUCUGGUGCGCUGGUGCAGGAACCGCCGCCGAUACCGAGUUCACCACCGCCCUCAUGUCUUCCAACCUCGAGCUCCAUGCCCUCUCCACCGGUCGCAAGCCUCGCGUGGUCACUGUCAUGACCAUGCUCAAACAACACCUUUUCCGCUACCAAGGUCACAUCGGCGCAUAUCUCGUCGUUGCUGGAUGCGACCCUACAGGCGCCCACCUCUUCACCGUCCACGCUCAUGGUUCGACCGACAAGCUGCCGUACGUAACCAUGGGUUCCGGAUCGUUAGCCGCCAUGUCCGUGUUCGAGACGAGCUGGAAAACAGAUCUCUCCCGCGAUGACGCCGUUGCUCUGUGCGCAGACGCCAUCGAGGCCGGUAUCUGGAACGACCUGGGUUCGGGUUCGAACGUGGACGUGUGUAUCAUCACACCCGAGAAGACACAGUUGAUGAGGAACUACAAGACACCCAACACGAGGGGCAAGAAGGAGCGAGAUUACAAGUUCAAGCGCGGUACAACAGCUGUCUUGAAUGAGAAGAUCAUUACCAAGGAGCAGAUCAGCAAGUACGUGACGGUCCAGGAUAUCGGUGAUGGGGAGACAGGCGUAGGCGAGAAGAUGGACGUGGAUACCCAAGCGUAG